AUGUCUGGAGUUGUAAGGAGGCUAAUAACUGCAGCAAAAGAUGCACCUGCAGCUAUUGGAGCAUAUAGGUGGGUAUUUACGGUAUUAGUCAUUCUUGCUUUGAAAAAUAUGGGUGCUGUACUUCAUGCUGCAAAUAUUGACUACAAAAAUGUUGUUAAGUGUACAGUGAUGUUGGCUGAUAUAAAUGAUUUCAAAGAAAUGAAUGAUAUCUAUUCUAAAUACUUCAGUGAUUUUCGUCCUGCCAGGGUAGCUUUCCAAGCUGGCAGUCUACCUAAGGGUGCAAAGGUAGAAAUCGAUGCCAUUGCCAUGGUUGAUGCCAUUACAGAUAUUAAUUAACAAUUGGACUUGGUAGCAAGUAGGCCUGAUGGAUAGAUACUGUGAAAAAUCAAAAACAUGAAAUCAUUGUAAUAAUUAAAUUACUUCUUUUUUCCAACUCCAACAGUAAAGCACUAUCAUUCUGAAUGAAUUUAUUCAAAGAAAUGAAAUCAUUCUAAUUGUUUCAAGUAUUUUUGGUUUUGAUAAAUUCAUAUCGGUAAUACAGU